AUGCUAUCACGUCCACUCCUCCCCUGUGGGAAGCGCAAGCUCUACAGUGCUCUUGGGCCCUUUGCAGUAAAACAGUCACCCAGGAGUCGGAGUUAUGCGCCGUCUUGUGUCUGUGCAUUCUCACGCUCGGCGUUCACAAGGCGACAAGAUGACUCGAAGAAAGCUGUGCACGCGACCAAGCUUGCGGAGGCACCGCCCAGCAGAGCCGACAGCUCCGAGGUCACCAAACCAGAGUCUAUACAAAAGAAUGAAACCCUCAAAGCCGAACCAGAGCCCUCCAAGAAAGGAUCUCUCCUUUCGGAAAAGGUCGUCUCGAACAAAGAGCAACGAAAAGUUGACCUGGCCAUCAUGAGGGAAAUGGUCCAGUAUCUGUGGCCCAAGGGUGACUGGCCAACCAAGCUGCGAGUUGGUACAGCAUUAGGCCUUUUGGUUGGGGCCAAGAUCCUCAACGUCAAUGUGCCCUUUUACUUCAAAAACAUUGUGGAUUCUAUGAACAUUGAUUUCCUGGCUGUUGGAGGCACUGCCUGGACGGUGGCGGGAUCGAUGAUAGUGGCAUAUGGCGCGACUCGUAUAGGCGCAACGUUGUUUCAGGAGGUGCGGAAUGCGGUCUUUGCCAGCGUUGCACAGAAGGCCAUCCGCAAUGUGGCGCGCAACGUCUUCCAGCAUCUAUUACGGCUGGACCUGAAUUUUCAUCUAUCAAGACAGACCGGUGGAUUAACAAGGGCGUUGGAUCGUGGUACCAAAGGAAUCAGCUUUUUGCUGACGUCCAUGUUAUUCCAUAUUUUCCCAACGGUGCUGGAGAUUUCCUUGGUCUGUGGCAUCUUGACAUAUCAGUAUGGGGCGCAGUUCGCUGCGAUCACGGCAGCUACAAUGGUCGCAUAUUCGGCCUUUACUAUCACUACGACGUCGUGGAGAACCAAAUUCCGCAAGCAGGCCAACGCAGCUGACAAUCAGGGUGCUACGGUGGCGGUCGACACGCUCAUCAACUACGAGGCGGUCAAAUACUUCAACAAUGAGAAGUUCGAGGUCAACAGAUAUGACGCCGCCUUGAAAAAGUACGAGGACGCGUCAAUUAAGGUCACCACAUCGUUGGCAUUCUUGAACACUGGGCAGAAUAUGAUCUUCUCCAGCGCCCUCGCAGCCAUGAUGUAUAUGGCGGCGAACGGGGUGGCGAGUGGUUCAUUGACGGUCGGAGACUUGGUCAUGGUCAACCAACUCGUUUUCCAGUUGUCAGUCCCCCUGAACUUCUUGGGUUCGGUCUACCGAGAACUUCGACAAUCUCUCCUCGAUAUGGAGACUUUGUUCAACUUGCAAAAAGUGAAUGUGACGGUCAAAGAGGUUGCGAAUCCGAGACCGCUGGCAUUGACGAAGGGCGGCGAGAUCAAGUUUGAAAACGUUACCUUUGGCUACCAUGCCGAUCGGCUCAUCCUCCGCAAUCUGAGCAUGACGAUACCUGCGGGCAAGAAGGUUGCCAUAGUCGGACCCAGUGGCUGUGGGAAAUCGACCAUUCUUCGACUUCUGUUCCGGUUCUACGAUGCCGACUCUGGUCAGAUCCUGGUCGACGGACAGAAUAUCAAAGAUGUGAGCCUUGAUAGCUUGCGGCGGAGUAUCGGUGUUGUCCCCCAAGAUACACCACUGUUCAACAAUACAAUCGAACACAAUAUCCGGUAUGGCAACGUCGAAGCAUCCUUGGAAGAAGUCAAGAGUGCCGCGAAGCGAGCUCACAUUUUCGAUCUCAUUGAGCGGCUGCCAGCUGGAUGGAAUACUAUGGUUGGCGAACGAGGCAUGAUGAUUUCCGGUGGUGAAAAGCAGCGGCUUGCUGUUGCUCGACUGAUUCUGAAAGAUCCUCCUCUCCUGUUCUUCGACGAAGCGACGUCGGCGCUGGAUACUUAUACCGAGCAGACGCUCUUACAGAACAUCAAUAGUAUCCUGAAGGAGAAGGGUCGGACCAGCGUCUUUGUCGCACAUCGGCUUCGCACCAUUUUUGAUUGCGACAUCAUCUUCGUCCUGAACGAAGGCAAAGUCGUCGAACAAGGCACCCACGCCGAGCUUUUGGCGCGUGAAGGCCUUUACGCUGACCUCUGGGCAGCUCAGGAAGUGUCAAUUGGACAAGACAUGACGCUUGAACGAUCCCUGGAGGAGAAGCGACAGAGUGACGAAAAGGAGACUCAAUCUUGA